AUGAUAGCACCACUGAGAGGAGCUAUGAGGUUUGGGAAAAAGGGAAAGUUGAUCACUAGGUACAUAGGACUGUUUGAGGUUCUGGAACGCAUUGGGAAGGCGACGUACAGACUAGCUCUUCUGCCUGCGUUCUCUAGAGAUCAUGAUGUAUUACAUGUGUCAACCUUGAAGAAGUACGUGAACGACCCCACUCAUGUGCUAAGUUACGACGAACUUAGCUUAGAUCCUCAGCCAAGCUAUGAGGAAAAAUUGGUUGUGAUUCUGGAUUGGAAAGACAAGGUGUUAACGUACAAGACAAUACUUUCAGGAAUGGUGUUGUGGCGUAACCACGACAUUGAAGAGGCAACCUGGGAGAUGGAAGCCGAGAUGGGGGAGCGAUAUUCCAAUCUAUUUUGA